AUGCGUCUUCGUGAUAUCUUGAUAGUGGGUGUGGCAAUUAUCUUUUGUAUUUUUGGCUGGUACCAAGAAGGUGGUAUCGGUGUCUGGCGGGGCUUCAAAAUUCCUGUCAGCGAUCCAGAAAUACGGCGGUAUAUUUUAAGUAAACCUGUGGUGGUGGAUCUGAUGGGUGACGGACGUCCAGUGCUUAUCGCAAGCACUAUCUAUGGAUAUCUUGAGCUUUAUAGGACACAUUUGGCCCAGGGCAACUCUGAAAACGUAUUCGUUUCUUUGGCUUCAGAUAAUCAGAAGAUUUUCUACUCCAGGAUUAUUGCUAUUGGAGCUGGCAAGCUUAGUAAUAAAAGUGAUAGUCACGCAAUUGUUGUGAUUACUGAUGAUUUUAGGUUACGCCGGCUUUCUCCUGAAAAUUUCGGGGAAAUAUGGGAGGUCCCCCUUACCAAUUCGUGGAUUGAGAGUUAUCACGCUUCUGUAAGCAUUGUUCCCGAACGUGUACAGGAGCAAGAUGAAGGAACCAUUCUUGUGGCUAUGCGUGUCACUGGUCCGAAUCAGACUGAAGUGAUGUUAUUUGCAGCUUUUAAUGGCGCUGAUGGCCAGGUGCGCUGGCGCUAUACAUCAGAUGCAGAAAAUGCGGUUGAAGAGGUUCUUGGUGGAGUAAAUAAUACAGAGGUUGAACAAUUGCUACCAAAUAGCUCUUCUCUUUUGAGAAUUCCAUCAUCUAGAAAUGCUUAUCGUGCACAUGAAAAACCAUGGACAUUUUUCCGAGAAGCUAUAAUUACAGUUCUUCCACAUCGUUAUGCUCAUCCAUGGGAUGAAUAUCUUCAUCCCCAUGUCUUUUUUCAUGCGAAAAACCGAAAGAAACGUACCUUUCGUUCGGGUGAUCGGGUAGUUGUAAAAUACAAGGACCGUAUAAUUCGUAUGAAUAAAGAAGAUUAUGGUGCAUUAGGAGAAAAAUUAGGUGUAAUGAACUUGCGUAGUAAGAGUAAAAAAUCUUCUACCUAUAAACCUAAGCGACGUACUGCGAAUGCAAUGGUGUUUCAUAGUAAAAAUGGUAUUGAAGUAUUUCAUUUAUAUACUGGUAAUGUUAUUACAAGAGUAGCUCCAUUAAAGUCUUCAGGUGUAUAUUACCAUGAUAUUAAUGAUGAUUUUCAAAUUGAUGCUAUUACCACUCAGAUUGGUCCUCGAAUGCAAAUGCACUCUGUUCAUGGUGUGGACUUAAUUGAUGAUUGUCUUGGAGUCAUUUAUACAGGUAUUCCUUUUACAGAGGAUCGUCUCUUUAAUGCAACAAUUUGUGAUACUGAAGGUCUUCUCGGUCGACUAGAUCUUAUACAUCAUUUUAUUGAUGGUGACGUUCGUGGAGAAGAGGCACCUCAUGCACUUAAUACUCUUGAACUUAUAGGAAGCCGUAAUAUGAUGUCAAAAAAUACCCGAGGUGUUACACCUUUGGUUGUACAACUGCAUACAACGAAGGGACGAGGUUUAUUUGAAGUAGAAAGACAUGCAGUUUUUAUGAUAGACUCUGGUUUGGUUACUUGCGUGGAUCCCUCACGUCGUAGGGUCAUGUGGCGUUCACAGACAGAAGCCUUUUUUCCAGGUCUUCGUGAGUCUCAGGAAGCAGAUGUAGGAAUGGCAGGUCUUUCUGCGAGGGAACGGGAACAUCGUGCAGUAACGUUUCCACACUUGGCUGCAUAUAAUUUUUAUGAAAGCAAUCAAGAUACUGUGGAUACUGUAGGAGGAACUGGGCGCUACCUCAAGACGGACCCUUUUAUUAUAGCAGUAGGAGAACGGUAUAUGAGUUUACUGAGUGCAGGAACUGGUCGUGUGUUAAGAACGGUGGAGCUAGAGUUCCCACCUGUGGCUCCAGUCAUUGUGCAAGAUUUUAACGGUGAUGGAAUCAAUGACAUUAUCGUUAUCACAUCAGAAGGAAUUUAUGGGUUUGUUGUGGGUACGCAAACCUCUUCAGAUACUAUAACAGCUCUAAUGAUUCUUAUGGUUUCUCUCCUAGCUGUUCUUUUUGUUGUUCGUGAAUUAAGUGCGGCGGAUGAAAGCGAACCAGAAGUCCUCCCAAGCAGUGCACAUGAUGUUCACCGAGUCGUACGCAAGACAAUUAGGCGGGCUACUGAUUAA